GGAUGAUUCCCAAAUAUUGGUCCGGUCCGAGCUAUCCGGCUGACCUCAUUUAUGAGUUGAUACCAGUCUAUAGGUUGUAGUCAACCGAGUUGGGGUCUGGCCAAGAUGACUCUGACAGCCGCUGUCCGGGGCAUCUCCACACGGACCUUGUCUUCGUUCCUGGUCCCAUUAGCUCACCGAGGGUCUCGUUGUUCGCCUCUCCCGCGUUACCUGUCCCAGACGCCGAUCACCUGUGCCUCUGCUAAGGGUCCCCAUCCCGAGCGUCAUGGAAAGAAGGCCAAACUGACGGAAGGCGUUGCGGAGCACGCCAAAGAAGACCCUAGUAAAGUGACUGGCGUUCCUCAAGAACCAUCGACCGGGCCUCCGCCUCCUCCCCUCGCAGGUAGAUCUACGCCUGAUCUGUUCAAUCUCUCUGGUCGAACAGUCAUCGUGACUGGAGGAGCUCGAGGUCUAGGCUUGACCGUCGCUCAAGCUCUCCUGGAAUGUGAUGCCAACGUGGCGGCCGUUGACUUGUUACCUGAGCCCUCUGAACAAGAAUGGCCCGCAGCUCGAGAGAUCGCAGAGGCCAAAGGUCUCAAGCUGACUUAUGACCAAUUGGACAUCACCAAUCAGGAACAAGUCAAGUCAACGUUCCAUCGCUUGUUCUCAUCCGCAUCAUCCUCUGCACCCGUACGAGGUCUAUUCCACGCUGCAGGCAUACAACUCUUGAUGCCCGCUCUGAAUUACACCGCCGAUCAAGUCCGCAAGAUCAUCGAUGUCAAUACGACAGGUUCUUUCCUCGUCUCUCAAGCGUUUGCUAGAGAAUUUAUCGAACGUAACAAGCACCUCGCAGUCGGCGCCGCCGAGGUCCUCGACGGGCCCGGAUCACACGCCGACGGUAUGAACCGAUUAGCCGGGGAUCAAGGCGCUUCAAUCGUCUUGACGGCUAGCAUGUCGGGCCACGUCGCAAACUAUGGUUUGGAAUGUGCUGCUUACAACGCUUCAAAAGCUGCUGUGCACACCAUGGCAAAAUGCUUUGCGAUGGAGUGGAGUAAGAAAGGGAUCAGGAUCAACACGUUAUCACCGGGUUACAUACGUACGGCAAUGACCGCAGCGUUGCUCGAGCAACGACCAGACUUUAACGAAACGUGGCUCAAGGGAAGUCUGUUAGGCAGAUUAUCGACCCAGGAUGAAUUCAGAGGUCCUGCCAUCUAUCUGCUGUCAGAUGCCAGCUCCUUCAUGACGGGUGCGGAUCUACUGGUCGACGGAGGACACACUGCCACAUAGCCGCGGGAUUGGAUGCACACCAAACAUUUCCUCCAGCC